AUGGCGGCGGCCGCGGCGCUCCCGGGCGCGGGCGGGCCUCCCGCGGGCGGCGGGGCCGGGGGCGGCGGGGGCGCGGGCGGCGGGUCCCCGCCGGGCGGCUGGGCCGUGGCGCGCCUCGAGGGCCGCGAGUUCGAGUACCUGAUGAAGAAGCGCUCGGUGACCAUCGGGCGCAACUCGUCGCAGGGCUCGGUGGACGUGAGCAUGGGCCACUCGAGCUUCAUCUCGCGGCGCCACCUCGAGAUCUUCACGCCCCCGGGCGGCGGCGGCCAUGGCGGGGCGGCCCCGGAGCCGUCGGCGCAGCCGGGGCCCGACGCGGGCGGCGACUUCUACCUGCGCUGCCUCGGCAAGAACGGCGUGUUCGUGGACGGCGUGUUCCAGAGGCGCGGGGCGCCGCCGCUGCAGCUGCCGCGCGUGUGCACAUUCAGGUUCCCGAGCACAAACAUCAAGAUCACGUUCACUGCCCUGUCCAGUGAGAAGAGGGAGAAGCAGGAGGCUCCCGAAUCCCCGGUGAAGCCUGUGCAGGCCCACAUCUCGCCCCUGACCAUCAACAUUCCAGACACCAUGGCCCACCUCAUCAGUCCCCUUCCCUCCCCCACGGGAACCAUCAGUGCUGCAAACUCCUGCCCAUCCAGCCCCCGGGGAGCAGGGUCUUCGGGGUACAAAAUGGGCCGUGUGAUACCAGCUGACCUCAAUUUAAUGGCCGACAACUCGCAGCCAGAAAAUGAAAAGGAAGCUUCUGGUGGAGACAGCCCAAAGGAUGACUCAAAGCCUCCUUAUUCCUAUGCACAGUUAAUCGUACAGGCAAUUACGAUGGCUCCUGAUAAGCAGCUCACUUUAAAUGGAAUUUAUACUCACAUCACUAAAAACUAUCCGUACUACAGGACAGCGGACAAGGGCUGGCAGAAUUCAAUUCGCCACAAUCUCUCUCUGAAUCGUUAUUUCAUCAAAGUACCACGUUCCCAGGAAGAACCAGGCAAAGGCUCAUUCUGGAGGAUAGAUCCUGCCUCUGAAAGCAAAUUAAUAGAGCAGGCUUUUAGGAAAAGACGGCCUAGGGGCGUGCCUUGCUUUAGAACCCCUCUGGGACCGCUCUCGUCUAGAAGCGCCCCAGCCUCCCCCAAUCACGCUGGAGUACUGUCUGCUCACUCCAGUGGAGCCCAGACCCCCGAGAGCCUGUCGAGGGAAGGUUCACCGGCCCCCCUGGAGCCCGAGCCCAGCGCCCAACAGCCCAAGCUGGCCGUCAUCCAGGAGGCCCGCUUUGCCCAGAGUGCACCAGGCUCGCCUCUGUCUAGUCAGCCCGUUUUAAUUGCUGUGCAGCGGCAGCUGCCGCCGACGAUCAAGCCUGUCACUUACACGGUUGCUGCUCCUGUGACCACCUCGACUUCCCAGCAGCCUGUCGUGCAGACGGUGCACGUCGUCCACCAGAUCCCCACAGUGUCCGUCACCAGCGUGGCCGGCCUGGCCCCCGCGAGCACGUACACGGUCGCCGGCCAGGCUGUGGUCACUCAGGCAGCGGUGCUGGCCCCUCCAAAGGCAGAGCCGCAGGAGAAUGGAGAUCACAAAGAAGUGAAAGUGAAAGUGGAACCGGUUCCUGCGAUCAGCCAUGCCACGCUGGGCGCUGCCAGCCGGAUUAUUCAGACGCCACAGAGCACCCCUGUGCAGACGGUCACCAUAGUGCAACAGGCACCUCUGGGUCAGCACCAGCUACCAAUAAAAACUGUAACGCAAAACGGGACUCACGUGGUGCCAAUCCCUGCUGCUGUCCACGGCCAGGUGAACAAUGCAGUGGCGAGUCCUCUGCACAUGUUGGCGACACAUGCAUCGGCGUCGGCCUCCCUGCCCACAAAGCGCCAGAAUGGCGACCCGACGGAGCAGCCGGAGCUGAAGCGGGUCAAGACGGAAGACGGCGAGAGCAUCGUCAUCGCCCUGAGUGUGGACACACCGCCGGCAGCCGGCAGAGAGAAAGGUGUCCAAAACUAGCAACUGGGACAGCUUUUCAUACUUUAAUAUCUACUCUGUGGUGCCAAAAGGAGACACUGCCUCUCACCGACACUCGGAGCGUGUCGUCUCGGUGGGUAGAGGGCCCUGCGGUUGGACUUCACCUCAGCACUGAAAACACAAAACCCAGGUGGCCUUAAAACUCCUUAAAGACAGAAGUCACACCUGAACAAAACCACAUGCAACAAAACCUGGUCCGGCAGUGUCUCCCCACCCCGAGCUCAGCUUGUCCCUCUGGAGUGGAGCUGCUGGGACAGGGCGGGGACCGUCCUGACGCCCCCCAGGAGCCUUGGAGCUGGCACUGGUAGAUGAGACAGUCUUUUGUUGUUCACAUGUGGAAUUAGAGUAUUUUGAGGUGUACUUUCUUUACGAAAUAACGGGGUCUUUGACAUUUCAGAUCGCUCCAUUUCUACUCUGGAAAAUUUGAAAUCACACAGGACCUUUCGUGUUGAUUUCAUUUGGGGAAAAGAAACAAUGUAGUUUUGUUUUUGUUGUUUGUUUUUGGCCUAUGGAAUGAUUUCCUUUUGUCUGUCCUGUUAACGUUCAGAUGGAGCUACUUGAUGACACCUGCAGGUUUUCCGUGUUAGAGCAGGUGCCGCACGCAUCUGGGACGGACGGACAGAUGGACGCCCUCGCUGGGCCGCAUGUUCACCAUGACUGAACUGCUGGACUCUUGGAGCUGCACUUACCCGGGUCUCUUUCCUGCUACUUUUUGUUGUUUGUUCCUUUGUGUUGACUUUGUCCCUGGCAUAAUUUUCCACUCUAAGUAAAACAAGCCUCCUAAGUGUUGUGUGUGUUUAAAAUGACAGAACUGUUCCUACUUCAUUUGGAAAAAAGAUUCAGUCUUAUACCACACACCCUUUUCAGACGAGUGUCACAGGUCUCUCCGUGGCGUGUUCGCUAGUCACUGUCACCGGUUGUAGGCGCAGAGCCGUCGUCCGACCAGCUGCCCACCUGAUGACGAUGCGGUCUGUCUGGCUCAUGGGAGCAGGUGCUGGGUGGAGUCGAAGCUGCAUGUUAACACAAGGGUCCUUCUCUGGUUUGUGACAGGAAAUCCCCCUCAGCCUCUCAGAACUGCAGUCCUAAAGCUGACUUCUCUCCUACAAAAAAGCAAAAGUGAGAUGAAAGGAAACAAAGGUGAGACAGCAGUAGAGGCCCCGCCCGGCCUCAGUCAUGCUGCCCCAGAAGAAAACCGCUGGCCUUUCCAGAGUGUUCCGGGGGGUUAGGGCUGAGCAUCUGUGCAAAUAGAAGAGGGCUUUGGCCUUAUUGUGAACUUUUAAAUGUCAUCAUCAUCAUGUUAUUUAUUUAAAUGUAGUUAUUUUGGUAUUUAAUUUUUUUUAAAGAGAGGAGAAAAAAAACCCUGUAUUUUCCUGGUGGAAUGAAACGGCUCAGAAUGGUAUAUUUAGGCAAUUUUAAAACAUUUAUUAUUUACCUACAGACCAAAUAUGAUAAAUCUGUUCUAAGUAUUGUGUGUCAACCCACAGUAUGGAGCUGUCACAAUGUUAUUGCAGAUAACGCGUAUUAAAAAUUAUGAAAUCACUGCACACUAGCUGGAUUUAUAACUCAGCCAUUUAAAAAAAUAAAAACAAAACCAUCAUGUGAAUGAUA